ACCUGUUUCCUGCUGAAAUGAGUACCUGCGCUUAGGUCAACCUUUGAAUUCGUCUUGUCUUUGGGUGUAUAUGACACGGAAUUCUCAUCCAGCAUCCACUCGUUUCUCCAUUAAUAUUUUGAGAAUCCCGCUACCUGAGUACGUUCACCUGAGACGCACCUUUGCUACUCAUCCACUACGCUUAGGAGGAAGCACACGAAGUCGAAGGAGCUAGUCUGGAAAACGGCGAAAUAGUGGGAGAGGACGGAGUACCUGCGUAGGUAUAGCCAACUUUGAAGAGAGCGGAAAAGGAGCUCGUCGAGUAGGGAAACAGUUAUGAGCUAGGAUACUAAAGACUUCUGUUCACUUUUCAUCGUCUAACUGAUCGUAGCCUACACAUCGGUUUCCCUAUUUCUUAAUUGCGACCUACGACAGUGAGCUCGUGGAGAUAACGGGUGACCAAGACCAUGCCGCGAGCCUUCCUUGUGAAAAAGUCGAGUAUUUCUUCGGGCAAACGGAACUGGAGCGAGCUGCCCGAUCAUGAGCGUGGAGAUAUCUAUAUUCCAGCACCUAUGAUACCUCCCGUGUUUAGUGAGGAGACGGAAGCCAGUCCUGCCGAGUUUGCCUCAUUUCUCUCCACGCAAAAAGAUCACAACUUGCCGACACAAACUCAGAUCCACAACCAUGAGUCCUACCCAGCGGUUCCUACCGCUGAACUACCCUCCUCAACUGCACUAGGACGGCCUGCUAGCCCAGGACCGGAGAGCAGUAAAAGACCCAGCAGCAGCAGCAAUUAUAUACGCUCAAAGAUUAAGGUGACUACAGGUGAGCUUCCGGGUGAGUUUCAAGGUCAGGACAGCACAGAUCCAGUUAUUCCUUUUGUUGCCCCUGCUAUAACAGCAACAACAACAACAACAACAACAACAACCUCAGGUGUCCCUGGCACAUCCACAACGCCAAACUUUGUGUGUCAAAUAUGCCAGAAGACGUUCCAGUAUCAGCGUAUGCUGAACAGGCACUUAAAGUGCCAUAACGACACCAAAAGGCACCUUUGCAACUUCUGUGGGAAGGGAUUCAAUGACACCUUCGAUCUCAAACGACAUGUUCGGACUCACACAGGUGUUCGCCCAUACAAGUGCAAUGCAUGCGACAAGGCAUUUACGCAGCGCUGCUCGCUGGAGUCCCACAUGAAAAAGAUCCACGGCGUGACACAGCAGUACGCCUACAAAGAGCGGCGCAACAAACUCUACGUGUGCGAGGAGUGCGGCCACACGGCGCCCACGCAGGACGCCCUGCUCGACCAUCUCAGCAUCCUCCAUCCCAACAGCACGUUCCUCCGCAACAAGGCGGCGCGUAAGAUGGCAACGAGCCCCAGCGGGAGGCCGAUGGGCUCGCCGUCAGACGGUCCCAUGGCCGAGGAGAUGUCGCUGCCGGGGUCCCCGCUUUCUCUGCACAGCGAUGACACGACAGGAUCCGGCGGCAGUUAGAGAGGAGCUGCUCUGGGAUAAACGGAAACGGAAACGUAUAUAGGGCUUUAGUGGGGACAGACUGAUGGAGAAGCCUAAUCGGGAUUGGUGAUGUUUGAUCAUCCCCUGGCUCAGUUUGUCAACAAAGGACAAAGAAGGAAACUAACAGUCAAUAGACAAAAGGAAGUAGCAUUUAUAUAUAUUUUUUACUUCACUGUGGUUUUUGGUUACAAUUAAGAUAUCUCAUGAAUUCUAUGUACUUUCUGCAUAUACAUUACACAUUAACCUUAUCUCUGAGAUGGGUAGACAGUUGUUGAAAUGACUUAAUGUGUUUUAAAAGUGUAACUUUAUAUUCUGUAACUAAUUGGCACGAGUAAGCUGCCAUGUGCACUCAGGAUGGGAACUCCCUAAAUGCAAUCACUACUGUAUGCCUAAGAUAGCCUAUAUUAUUUUCCCUGUCCUUGAUGUAAAGGCACACAAGAAAUAAGUUCGACCCAGCAGUCCAGUGUCGAUUUAUGGUUGAGGUAUGUUCUAAUAGAGCUGUUUACGGCUAUGCUAUUCAUACUUAAGGUGUGUUUCUAGUAUGGCCAUGGGUAAUGGAAUUCUAACAGACUGUAAUCUGUGCCUGUUUUUCAAAAUGGAUUUUCUCAACUAAUAUAUUCAGAAAAUUACUGUUGUAUAAAGAGAGCUUUAUAUUUAUCUUUAUGUGUUUGUAUUGUUGUUCUUUUUCUGCCAUUUUUAUUUUUUACAGAUUUCUAUUAUGAUUGUGUAACGUUUGCUUGUAAAUAUUGUAGUAUGACCUGAAAGGGAAGGCAGUGGUUUGAGGCCUUACCCAGCAAUUGUGUCUAUGGUUCUAUUCGCCAUUUCUGACUACAACCCCCUUUCCGCCUAUUUUCUUUAUGAAACACACAUUGCCUUUACUACUGAACCAAGUGUCUUUGUGGGGAAUUGACACCUUACAUAGAUCACAUAAAGUAUGCCAAAAACCUGCUGCAGCUUUAUAUUGUUUGGAGAAGAAACUAGGUUAUAGCCUCAUUUUUGAAAUUAAAAAAAACAUUUUAGAUCACUAACGACAUCAUAUGUUGUAUCUUGUCUUUGCCAAAGAUGUGAGAAUUUUUGGGGAAUCAUUCUACUUCUGAUGAUCAUCAUUAAAUCAUGUUUUCCAGACAUUUUA